UCUCUCUCUCUCUCUCUCUAUCUCAAACUUCUCCUUUCCCUCUCUACUGAUACAUUUUUUAAGAUUUCAAGUAGCCACUCUCUGUCUCUCUCUACAUGCUGUAGAACAUAGAGAGAAGCUGGUCCCUAUAUAAAUACCUCUCUUACUCCCUCUCUAUAUAAUUUUGUUGUGUUUAUAUGUAUAAGCGCAUAUUCUCUCUCUAGUUUCUCUCUCUUAUAGCUCGGUUCUCGAGUGCAAUAAUAUUUUAUUGUUCAAACUCUCUCACUCUGUAAGCAUGGACAGGGACUAGAACUUUCUCUGUCCAAAUUGGCGAUGAUGAUCAUGAGAGGAGUAUCAUUGUGAAGUGUUGUAUAUAUUCAUCCAUGGCGUAUCCGAACCAUUUGUCACAAGAAAUGGCUUCUUUACAACACUACUCAGACCAACACUUAACCACCGAAAACACCUCCGUUCUCCGUAAUGUUCUCCCCCAACAUCUAGGCCAAACGUCACCAGAUGCCGCCGGGAAGCCACCGGACCAGCACAAUCACCAACAACCGGCUCAGGUCGGUGUCGGUCCGACGUGGCUCAACAGCGCAAUUCUGCGACAACAGAGCCAGUACGGAGAGGGAAACUUCUUGAAUUUGCACACGAAUUCGGACCCGAGGACGUCGCAGACGCCGAAUCAAUGGCAUUCGAGGCCGAUUCUGCAGAGGAAUAUUAGUGAUGUGAGGGACGAUGUUCAGGUGUCCAACGAUUCAAUGAUCGCUGCGGCUAUUUCGCAUGAAUCGGACGAUUUGAACAACAACAACGAAAACAACAGAAACAUUGAGAGCAAUAGAGGCGGUGAGCUAAAUGAUAGCGAAGUCGGUGGCGGCGGUGGCAGUGGUGGUGCUGAUGGAGUUGUUAAUUGGCAAAAUGCGCGAUGCAAAGCAGAAAUUCUAGUGCAUCCGUUGUACGAACAGCUUUUAUCCGCUCACGUUGCGUGUUUGCGAAUUGCCACGCCGGUGGAUCAGUUGCCGAGGAUCGAUGCGCAGCUGGCGCAGUCGCAGCACGUGGUGGCCAAGUACUCUGCGCUUGGACAUGGUAAUCUUGGUGAUGAUAAGGAGCUUGAUCAGUUCAUGGUAAGUGUUUUGUGCUCUGUUUUUGUUUUUUUAAUUUGCCUUAAUUUUAAGUUUUCCUUUGAAUUUCUUGUUCUUUGUGGACUGUUGUUAUUAAUUUGGGGUAUCGUAUGGGGAUAGCAUUUAUGAGACUGAAAAGGGAACUACUGUCUUUAUGCAUGGUAUAUGAUUAUUUGGAAUUUAAGGCUUUUCCGGUGAUUCAGAGUUUGUUUUAUGUGGUUUAUUGC